ACCAUCACUGUUGGUUUGUUGCCUCUUCAUUGUGCAUGUGAAAAAUGGUUAUAAUUGGAAGAAUAACUCCUCCUAAUGUUGGACUGGCAUUUUCAUCAGACAAUGUUCAAUUAAAAAUUGGACAAGAAACUGUUGGCACUGGCAGCGUAUACAUUAGUCAAAAUUCUUUAGUUUGGCGGCCUAAUAAUUUGGAUCAAGAUGGCAUUUCCAUAUUUUGGAAACAAAUAAGUGUACAUGGCAUUUCUACGACACCCAGUAACUGCAUUUAUUUUAUGCUUGAUCAUCAACUUAAAUGGCCUGGAAUUUAUGAGGGAGAGAUUCACAAUCAUUCCAACGGCACUGCAGAACAUCAAAGUGGCAGUGAAAAUGAAAGUGAAGAUGAUGAAGUUUACGAAGACGCCGAAGAAAAUCAGAUAACUGAAUGCUGGCUUAUACCACAGGAUCAAAAUAGUGUCAACAUAAUGUAUCAAGCCAUGACUGAAUGUCAAGCUUUACAUCCUGAUUCUGGCGAUAGUAUAUCCGGAGACAGCGAAUACAUGGACGAUGAGGAUGAAGAUGAUAACGAUGAAGUGCCCGUGCUCGGUGGUGAUAAUGAAAAUGCCAGCGUUGAACAAGCCAGAGAUACCAUGAAUAAUAUGUCAUUAAAUGAUGAUCGUUUUGCUGAUGCUGAUGAAUAAUAAAUUACAUUCUUCAUACACAGCCCAAUUAUGAAUAAAAAU